AGAACGUUGCGGAUUUUCCCAGGACGACAUUUUCCGUUUAAAAACGAAAGCGUUUAUAAAGCGUCUAUAAACGAACGUGUUUUAUUUGUGUUUGUUGCUACGACACGAAGCUUAGCGUUUGAGGUUCAACGUAAACAUUAGACAGCAUUAAAGAUGAGCUUUCUGGGUCGGACCCGGAUGCUCGGUCUCGGUAUCGGUGUCACCGUCAGUACCGCACUGAUCGCGGUGCUGCUCAUUAAACACAUGGUGCGGAGGAGGAGGAGACAGCGCCCCUUAGGGGUGACACACAGCAGUGCAGCGGAGAACAGGACAAACCUGGGACAGGAGGAUAGAGCAGCAAUAGCAUCUGUCCUGAGCGAGUUAACCCCAGAGCAGCACACUGAGCUGAGGAAGACUCUGAAUGAGGUGAUGAUGAGUGUGACCACUCUACGUGGUGAAGUAGCCGAGCUGAGGGACGGCCUGAGAGACAUCGCUAACACCAUUGUCGAGGACGUCAGGAAAGGGGUGGAGGAAGGGCAAAGGUCACGGCGGCGACGUCACUACCUGACGAGGGAGCGUUCUGACUCCAUGAGCUCCAGCUCCAUUUACUUCACUGCCAGUAACGGGAUGAGCAGUCGGAGCGAGGGCGGAUACACAACCGCUUAUUCCACUGCAGAGUCUGACUACACAGACCGAGAGACAGACAGGGACGAGGACCAGGACGAGGAAGAUGAAGGUGAGGAGGAGGAGGAGGAAGAGCGAAGCUGUGCCACAGUUCUGACUCUCCGGCCGGACGAGCCUCAGUCUGAGGAAGACGAUGUGGAUGCUGAUGAAGAAGUGGUGGUGAUGAGUCCUGAACUUGCUCUGCUGCUGACCCAGAGUGACCUCCUUCACGCUGGGGAUUCUGGGAAAAAAACUGAUGGAUUUAUUCUGUUAAGGGAGAACAAACCCCUGUACAGUGAUAAUAUGGAGUUUCUAUGGCGACUAGCUCGAGCCUACAAUGAUAUGUGUGAGCAUGCAGAGGAUGAGGAAGAGCGGCGGAGUUUUGCAGAGCAAGGUCGUGAUGAGGCCGAGUCAGUACUACAGAGAAACGGACUGAACGCUGACUGUCAUAAGUGGUUUGCCAUGCUGACCAGUCAGAUGUUGCAGUGUGACAGCAUGCACAGUAAACUGAAGAGCAGCCACAUACUCAAGGAACACUUGGAUCAUGCUUUAGCUCUCAGAGACGACGACCCGCUGUGUUUCUACCUGCUGGGCCGCUGGUGCUAUGAGAUUAGCAGGUUGUCGUGGUUGGAGCAGAAGGCAGCAGCUGCUGUGUAUGAAACUCCUCCAUGUUCCUCUCUACACCAAGCUCUGGAGAACUUUCUGAAGGCUGAAGAGCUAAAGCCAGGAUUCUCCAGAGCAGUGAGACUCUACAUUGCAAAGUGUCAUAAGGAUUUAGGAAACGAAUCAGAGGCGAGGAACUGGGCACAGCUGGCACUGACCACACCCACCAACACCCACCAGGAGGCAAGGCUCUCUGUGAUGGAGGCGGAGCUACAGGCUUUGAUUGACAGCCCUGCCGUACAGCUGUAAGCCUGGUGUCAAAACGAAGUGAUAGUGUUAUAACUGACAUACGAGACGACAUUUUAAAGCUGCUGUUCAGGAGUUAAUGUAACUCACAUUUCACAAAACUAUUUAUUUCACCUCUAACUUAUAAAUCCAUCAUGAAGGCAGCGUGUGUGUGUGAGAAGUGGGACAUUAAUGUGACAUAAGUGUGAAGAAGUGUGACAUUAAUGUGACAUAAGUGUGAAGAAGUGUGACAUUAAUGUGACAUAAGUGUGAAGAAGUGGGACAUUAAUGUGACAUAACACAGCUCAGAGUUUUGUUCUGAAGGAAAUAAUCAGUCUGAAUAAAACAUUCUAAACAUUC